CGUCCUCUUCUCUAAACUGUUACGAGCGAAGAGGAGUGGCAAAAGAACUUUAAAAAGUUUUUCCUUGACCUAUUUUUUUACUUGUCGACAACUCACAAAACCAAGAUGAUAAAAGCAAAGAAAUAUGACUGGACUGAUUCCAACAUGGCCUUGUUUGGCUCAGACACAGAUAAAAAGGUAAAAAAAGAAUCUGCAGAAACUGAACCAGCAUGGAAGGGAGCUGGGGACAAAGUUGGAGUGCAAAUUUGGAGGAUUGUAAAAUUUAAGGUAACACAUUGGGAUAAAGAGCAAUAUGGUGAAUUCUACAAUGGGGAUUCGUACAUUAUUUUGAAUACAUACAAAGAGCCUGAAGGCGAUGAAUUAAAAUAUGAUGUUCAUUUCUGGAUUGGUAAACAUUCCACGCAAGAUGAGUAUGGUACUGCUGCAUACAAAACCGUUGAGUUGGAUACUUUGUUGGAUGAUAAACCUGUCCAACAUCGUGAAGUGCAAGGACAUGAAACAAAGCUAUUCAAGUCUUACUUUACCUCUUUAACAUUAUUAAAGGGAGGUGCUGAAACUGGUUUUCGCCGAGUGCUUCCAGAAUCUUACAAAACAAGAUUGUUUCAUGUUAAAAAAGCAGGAAGAAAAAUCACAAGCACGGAAAUUAGUCCAAAGAAAGGAAAUCUGACAUCUGAAGAUGUCUUUAUUAUUGACUCUGGAACUACAAUUUACCAAUAUAAUGGCUCGAAAUGCAGUCAUGAUGAAAAGUUUAAAGCUGCUCAAGAAUGUGCUCGUAUUCGAUCACAACGUGGGGGUAAGGUUAGAGUUGAAACCUUAGAAGAAAAUUCAACAUCUCCAGAACAUCCUGCUCUUAUGAAUUUAAAAGAUGGUGAAAGCAAAGCAAAACCUGAUGUCAAAGGUAAACGUGAAAUGUUUAGAGUCAGUGAUGCAGAUGGCAGUCUUGAUUUGGAUCCAGUUGAUGGAUAUUCAAAGGACCUUUUGACAUCUGAUGAUGUGUAUGUGAUCAACACUGGUGAUCAUUGUUAUUGUUGGGUUGGAAAAGGUGCAAGUAUUGAUGAGCGAAAGAAUGGUUUGUCAUAUGCCUCAAAUUAUUUGAACAAGACCGAAACACCAUGGCUUCCAAUUACUGUGAUAGCAGAAGGCAAAGAGACUUCUGAUUUCCAAGCUGCUUUUUAAAAUGGAUCAAAGUAUGGUGCUUUGAAUAGUUAUUUAAUUUGUAAAGAUUUGAUUGUCGCAUAACACAUACACACUCCGUGGACACAUCACUGAGGGCAUGUAAUGUACGGUCAAGAAUUGUGAUGUACGGUCAAGACGUUGUCGCUUUGUAAAAUUACAUUUGUAAACAUAAAUUUAGUAUCACCUGGAGAAAAUAAACUUAUUUUUAUUGUGAA